CGUCGGUCCAUCGUCACUUGCACGUAACUUCUCGUGGAGCGCGCAGCGUGAAGUCCACUGCUUAAUCGUGCGUUGUUGUUAGUGGCGGACGGGAUCGAGUCGGCUCCUACUCGCUCGUGUCCCUCGAGACCGUGCGAGAGCGAGCCGCGCCGAGGUGACUCUCUACAUUACUCUACAAUCUCUACAUCGUUGCAUCCUCGAGGCUUCCUCGCGACGGGACACUCUCCGCGGCUAUGCCCACGCUGAUGCAACCGUCAGACAUCACACUGGUGAACGACGAGAGCGACGAGACGGACGUCGGAUUCGACCAAGGCAUACCGAUGCUUCAUCAGGAUUCGCUGCACCAUCAGGAUGCAACGCAAAACCGAGAGCGCAGCAAGCUGCUGCUGCGUAAACUAAGCCAGACCCGCGAGCGAGAGCGAGGCAAGGAACGCGAACAGGAGCGUGAGAGAUUGCAUCAGUUGCAAUCGAUCAACAAUCUGCUGCUCGAUUUGCCAACGCCGCCGUCGCCGUCGCAUCUUCCAAAUUUUUCGCAGGACGCCUCCCAGUCGGACAAGAACAUCAGCACCGAUGGUGACAGCGCAAUCUCUGAUAUGUUCGGACUGGGCUUGCCUCGAGGAUCUCUGAUGGGAAAUCAAUCGACGAUCGGUUCCUCAAGCUAUCGUAAUUAUCAGUACAGCAGUUUCGACCAAACGCAAGGAUCUUUACAACACGAGUGUCGGAAUCAUGGUUUCUGCUCGAAUACCUCAGGCCUGGAUAUUCCGAGCUCACCGAAUUCAAUGACUACUCCCGGCAGUCCGAGCACACCUGGCAGCUUCACUUCAGAUCCUUACAGCUAUUCGUCCACUGCCAGUACCAGCACAAACACGCCGUCCUCACCAACCAGUCGACCGUCAUUCCAAUAUCCGGGCUCUUCAUCAUCACCCACCGAUUCGUCAUAUUUUGGCCGUCCUAUACGAGGCUGCUCUACACCAUACAGUGAUUGUGGUAGCCCAACAUUGGAAUUCUCUCAUCUUCUGGGAUGUAACGGCUCGCGUUCCAAUUCACCGGCGGACUCUGAGACAAGUGGCAUUGGUAGCGCGGAUGGCUCCUUAUCUGACAUAAUAUUGAAUUGUUUGUCGUUGAAUUCUUCAUCGAAUUCUUGCUUCCCGCCGUCUCUGGACUCCAUAAUAUCAAAGACAAACACGUGCCCGAACAACAGAACGGCGUUUGAGCGUAUGGCUGUAAAAAAAUAUUUGUCAUCGUUACAACAGAAUUCAACGAGCUCGCAUUAUUACCAGCAUCAUCACGGACUCGGGCAAAAUCGCAGUAAUUUUCUCAAUUCUCUCUUGAGCCAUGAGAAAAAUUGCUGUACCGGACUUGGAAAUGCUGCGCGCAGAUUGGCCCAACCAGUGUCGCUCGAUCGUGUAGCGAGGUCUCACCGAAAUGCUGCUGCACAUUGUUAUCCAACAUGUACAUGGAGUGGUUUUCUGCCUCAAAGCAUCGAAGAACCAGUCGCUUAUUCUCCCAAAGUUUUUCUGGGAGGUGUACCAUGGGAUGUUACAGAAGCUAUCUUAAUUUCAACAUUUAAACAAUUCGGACCGGUUCGUGUAGAGUGGCCCGCAAAAGCACCAUCUGCUCAGCCAAAAGGAUACGCUUAUAUUAUAUUCGAAUCAGAGAAACAGGUCAGGGCAAUGUUGUCCUGUUGCACUCACGACAUUACCAAUGGAAAAAGAUGGUAUUACAAAAUUAUAUCCAAGCGUUCAAAACCGAAAGAUGUACAAGUGAUUCCAUGGAUUCUCGAAAAUAGCAACUACAUCAAAUCAUCAUCACAGAGACUCGAUGCACACAAAACGGUAUUUGUUGGUGCACUACACGGAAUGUUAACGGCCGCAGGACUGGCGAAAGUCAUGGAUGAUCUUUUCCAUGGAGUUAUUUACGCAGGUAUAGACACGGAUAAGUAUAAAUAUCCAAUAGGAUCCGGCCGUGUUACAUUCAGUACGAAACAAUCGUAUUUUAAAGCGAUCACUGCUUCCUUCAUAGAAAUUAAAACUGACAAAUUUACAAAAAAGGUACAAGUGGAUCCGUACAUCGAAGAAUCGAUAUGCUCCGUAUGCGUUGUGCAACAAGGACAUUACUUCUGCCGUGAUGUGGCUUGCUUCCGAUACUUUUGCCGCAGCUGUUGGCAAUGGCAACACGCCGUGGACUCGAUGUCACAUCACACACCUCUGACGCGGAACUCAAAGACGAAUCAAGUAAUAGGAUUGAAUCCGAAUUUCGGAAUAAACAACUGUCCCCGUAUAUCAAAUACGACCAUGAUCUAAAGGAGGUGACGUGUGAAAACAAUAUCUUAUGUGCGGCCAGUAAAAUUGCUUUUUGUUCGCGCGCCCGUCACCUCCCUCUUUUUUUUGUUCCUUUUUGACUCUACCGGUUAUAACCGACGUUGCGCCGCCUGACCUAGAACAUCGGGUAACAGGGUGCAGACUUAGUUUUUAUCGCGUAGCCGCAGAUAGCUUAGAAUUAGUCCGACAUACGGGGACACGCCGAUUGAGCUUGCGAACGCGCAACGAUUGGUUCAUUAUCGUUACCGUGCGUGCGAAAGGACAAGAUGAAUAUUGAAAAUCAUGUUUGUUCCAAAAAAAAGUUCCUAUUGCGAACGCAGUUUUUACUACGUUCGAGAAAAACGAUAUAUUUUUAUUUAGUACGUUCACUUAGAGAGACAGGUUCUCUUAUCGAUUUUUUUUUACCGCUAAAUAUCGCCAAAACAGUAGAUGCUAGGAUUAUGGCCGUGAUCGUGCAUUAGGAAUACGCACAUGUACACGUACGUGUAUACACAGUUUUUUUCGUUAAGAGUCGUGAGAAUUGUAUUGUGGCUUUCACAGUGACAAUAAUUUUUUACGCGAGACACGAUAGGGCUCCGUUAUAGCAAUUUUGAGCUGGGCUCAAUGAAAAACGUAGAAACUCAGGAAAUCUAAUAGCAUCGUCAGCAUCAUGCGUUUAUCGUGUUAAAGUAUUACGCUUAAUUAUGUAUUGUUACGAUAAUGCUAUAGAAAAGAUUAUUCUGAAAUGGCGAGAUAAUAAUUAUUUUGUAAUUAUUUGUCAUUACUACAUUGCGCGCGUAAUCUGAUAAUAAUGUGAUAUAACGAGAGACUUGCCGAAUGUACUGUACAACUCGCUAAUCGUUCUUCCAUUACGAUACUUGUCGAUGACGUUAAACAUUGUUAAUUUUACGUUAGAUUACAAUGUAUCUCUACAUUCGAUUAGCGGUAUAACGUAAAUAUGUUGCGUUAUUGACCGCGAUCGACUGGAUUUUUGUACUAUUAGCCGAAGCGAGCGGCUGCCACAGAUAUUUCGCUCAUAUGGAUUGUUUAACGGUUGACGAAAUGGAGAAGUACAUGGUCUACGAUUCUGGCGCGGAUUGUAGGGGAAUUGAGUCGUUUUUAUUUUUUUUUCUUUUUUUUCUUACUAUGUACAAUUAUGUUACAUCUCUUCUUUAAAUAAGGUUUAUCCUUCACUCGCGUUUCUCCCGUUUUGAUACAAUUUUGUUGAAUUAAAAGCCAGAUUUUUGCAGAUAUUCGAUGUCUGUUUUUAUUUUUUAUUUGCCAUUCCAUUUUCAUAUUUAUCA